UACCAACGGUGAGUUAAAACUGGCGGACUUCGGUCUGGCGCGAGCCACGGGACUGCCCAUAAAGACCUUCUCCAAUGAAGUGGUGACACUGUGGUAUAGGCCUCCAGAUGUGCUGUUGGGAUCAGUGAACUACGACACGUCUAUAGAUAUGUGGUCGGCGGGUUGUAUUCUGGCGGAAUUGAUCUCUGGAAG